AUGCUCGGCUGUUGCGCGCUGGCGUCGCUCGCCCGGCCGGCGUCAUUCUCGGCAGCUGCGUCGGCAUCGUACGUGACUUCCACUGCGGCUGUUGCUGCCGCUGCCGCUGGUGGUAGUGGUGGUAGUGUUGGCGGCGGUGGUGGUGCCACCAGAGCCUCUGCUGUGACCUUGCUCGAUCGCCUCCUCAUCCCGCUCGAGCAGGUCGCCUCGCCCAACCGCCGUCGCGCCGUUCCUGUGGCCUCCGUGGCUUCUGAAACGGGUGCCGCCGCUGAAAUCCCGUCCGUGUGGACGGACUCUCAGUUUGAGUCGCUCUCCCAGCUCGCCCAAGUGCUCGCUGCUCGCCACUUCCCCACGCAGACCGAAGUGGUGCACGCCGCCGUGGUUCGCACUCUGAUCCAAGAGCAAAGCCGUCGCAAGCACCUCCAGUCGAGCGAUCGGCGCGCAGUAGCCGCCGUGUCGCAUAAAAACCUCUCGCCCGAGGUCAUUUUCAUUAUCGACCAGAUCAACCGAAUCAGCGACUUUGAGAUUGACAAGUCGAUCGAGGACGAGUCGAUUCCCACUCCGGAAGAUGUCCGACACGCUCUUCUCGAGCAGCAGUAUCGCCAAACUCCCGAUACCAUGCUCGAGCACGGUGCGACCAACCAGAACGUGUCGGCCGAAGCCGCGUUCGCCUUCCUGCAGCAGGCCGAAAGGAGAGCUCAAGCAAACGAGUCGCAGUACGCUGCUGCCCAAACGGACAGCGCUCUUGCUGUGGACACUGCCGUCGAGGUUUUCCGGGCGAUCGACCAAACAAGCCUUCAGGCCGGCUCCCUCUACAAUGACGAUGAGGUUGCCACUCUCCUUGCCGAGCUGAAAGCCGGCAAGCUGCAGGACAGCAACCAGCCUCUCGAUCCCACUCUAGUGAGCCAAGCUGCCCAAGCGCUGCAACAAGUAGCGGACGACGCAAAGCCAACAACAAGCAGCUUUGGCGCGACGGUCACCGCCGAGCCCUUCCUUGCUGGUGUUGACCUUGUCAACAAGACGCUUGAUUUUAGCGUCGACACGGCCAGUGAGAUUGAUCCAGCCACCGGCAGGCUGUCCGCCAAGGCAACUGCAGAGCGUCUGCGUGAGCUGGAGCUGCACACUCCUCGGCCUCUUGCCCGCUCAGUGUCCCCGGCCCAAGCAACUGCCGAAGAAGGGGAGCUUUCAGAACUCUUGAAGGCGCAGCAUCUGCGCCUUGCCGCUUUGCGGAAGACAAUUACUGCCCUCUCGCAGCGCGCGGCCGCGUCGCCAUCAGCGACUCCUGCCACGCGAGAACGCAUUCACACGCUUCGCUCGGCGGUGCACAAAACACAAGCAACUAUCGAUGUUCUGACUCAACGAUUGACUGUCGGACAGCUCGAAAAGGCCAACGACAGUUUGACUGCCGCUGCCCACGACGCUGCCAUUGGCCGCGCUGGCCACCAGCUCUCGCUCAAGCGACUUCUCGACGAGAAGGUGGCUGCCGACCAGCAGGUCAAGCAUGGCCCGUUCACCGUCAAUGUCGUGCCCGACAUUGCCGCCGAAGCUGUCACUGCGCGAGGAUUUGCGUUUGACAUGGACAAGACGAUUCGCAAGGUCAGCUUUGCUGUCAAGCGAACACCAGACCUCACUGCAUUCAAAGUCUGGUCGUCUGUGCAGUCCACCACCCUCGACUCGUAUCUUCUCUACGCGCAGACCCCGCCCGCAUACGACGUUGCCUUCCACCCAGAUUCGCGUGAAACCCCACGGCCCCCUCGAGUAAAAGCCGCCAAGAAGCCAUCCAAGAAGCCCGCAAAGGCCGCACCAGCAGCCGCAGCUGCUCCCGCCGCCGCCCCUGCGAAGGGCAAGGGCAAGAAAUGA